AGCCCCCCUCGAAUGGCGCAGGAGCGUCCGCUCGUUUGUGUGCGUCCCGCCGCACGGGCUCACGUCAUGAGAACAGAAAACCGCGACGCGACGCCAGAGCGUCACUUCUAAACAGUCCGCCCGACUCGCCGAACACUAUCAUCAAUUAGAUGACGUGAGGUGUUUGCGAAUGUGAUAUUUGUUUGUAAACACAGUAACUCACACGGACAAACAGAUUGUGAAGUGUUGCAGUGUUAGCAUAGAGCACAGAAGUGAAAUGGCGCAUCACGGAGAGCUAAUGUGCUAACUCAGUUAGCCACUGAACAUCACAGACCCCUUUAACAUUUACCAUGGAGAGAGUGGGCUAUGGCAGAGACAGAGGUCACUGUGUCUGUGGAGGACAUGUUGGUGCUGAAGAGCACUGAGGAAGAGGAUGCUGAGCCUGAUGAACAAAACAAGACUCAACAAGUGAUUCUGCAGUUGCAGCCCAUCACAGCUGGACUUGGAGAUGAAAGCAGUGAGACAGAUGCUGCGGUUGUGGCAGUGGAGACACAAGAUGAGGCGUCAAAUGAAGGCCAGGUUUUGGAGCUUGGUUAUCCCAUUACAUGUGGCGAGAGUAAAGCCAUCCUUCUAUUCAAGAAGUUUGUCUGCCCUGGAAUCAAUGUCAAAUGUGUUAAGUAUGAGGAUCAGUUGAUCAGUCCAAAGCAGUUUGUGCACAUGUCUGGUAAAGCCACAUUGAAGGACUGGAAGCGAGCGAUCAGGAUGGGAGGGGUUAUGCUCAGGAAGAUGAUGGACUCGUGUCAGCUGGAUUUCUAUCAGCACAGUACACUCUGCACAAACACCUGCCGCAGCACCAAGUUCGACCUGCUCAUCAACAACACACGCUUCCCACCGGACGGCAGUGGAGUCAACACACCCACCACAGCUCAGGGGCAUGUUUCUGUGGCGAACGGAGGUCAGGUUACUGUGGCGGAGGAGAAGACAGAAGAUGUGAUGGAUACGGUGGAGUGGAGCACAGAUACUGUAGAAACCCCAGAAAAAAGAAUCACAUCUGUCAUCUCAGAUGAGACGUUGAGUUUCUGGAGGGGUAUCGCUGAGGUGGGGCUGAUGGGGGAGGUGGUGUCUAAUAUCCGCUCUGAGCUGUUGGGUCUGUUGAGAGGAGUUCAGCUGCGCACUGACCAGAACUCACUACAGGACGCAGAGAUUGCAGUUCUGAGUAACCUGGCACAAGUCUUUGACCUGCUCGACUCCAUCAAACACAUUCUGAACGUUCGAAGGCAAAUGAUAGACCCCGAGCAGACACAAGUCCUCAGAACACUGACAACAUUGGAGCAUCAGGUGGAGGAACAGAAGCGGCAGAAUUCUCUCAGCUGGUUGUCUUCAUCACAGAUCCUCAGCGGUCUGGUUCUCCCCUCCACCCCUCCAGCCAAACGUGCUCCCAAACGACCCCGCCUGCAGCGGCCCGCCUCCACCACAGUGCUCGGCACAUCCAUAUCCCAGCCCCUCGCAUUCCAGCCCCAACAGUUCACUGUCCUCUCCCCGAUCACCCUCUCCUCCAUCGGCCAGUCAUUCACCAUUGCCGGCCUCACUCAACCAUCCAACACAGUCACCCUACAUACUCUGCCCGCCGGCUCGCAGCUCUUCACACGAAUCGGCGCAGUUUCUGAGGGAAAAAACGAGUCUAUCACGCUCCACCCUGCCUCCGGGCUCACGCUAUUUGGCACCACGGCAGUGCAGGACCACGGACAGCUCGGAACCAUGAUGAGCCCGGUAGAGCUAGUUCAGUUGGCGCAGAAGGCUACCACGCACAGUGUAGCCCAAGAUGGUCAGAUGGUUGCGGGUACGGUAGUGAUGCAAGAGGGUGUGGUUAGGGUGGUGCAAGAGGACGAGAACCAAACCGACACCACCCUGAUCGAGAUCAACCCAGCGGAUGCCGACCACAGCAUGGGCGUCAUGGAGCUGCAGCUUGAGGGAGACGUAGUAAGAACUGUGGUGGAGGGCAGCGAGGAGGUGGUGCAGGGUGAAGCGGAGGAGGACGCGGGGGAGAUUGAGUUGGAUGCGAACAGCCAGUUCCACAAUCUGCCCAUUGUAGUGGUGGAGGAAGAGACACAGGGCGUCGGUACGGCCAAAUGAGACACCAGCAAACUCACACAAACCGCCCUCAGAGACCGGCGGGCCGAGUCAGACAGGGAAGUGGAUUGUGUCGCUCCAGCUGUCUCGUUUUUUUUUUUUGUUAUACUUCCUGCACAACCAAACUCAGCUCUGACGUGUCACGUAUUUGUAAAUGCAAGUUCAGUCUUCAAUUCGUUCAAUAUUUUUGACAUGUGAACUGCAACAAUUUGUGACGUUUUGUAGAAGCACAUUCAGUAUUCAGAAGUUUAGUUUUGGGGCACUUCGUUUUUAUUUCACUUUCGUUUCUGUGCCAAAAUGUCACACCGCAGCCGUGGCCUGAUCUCCAGUCUUGUGAAUCUUCAAUCGGAGGGUCAAGACUUGAAAUACUAACAGUUUAACUGAUAUUUAAGACACUCCCGUAAUAAGAAUUGACACUGUCUAUGGUGUUUGUGUACUUACUGAUGUGAAAAUCAGGGUAAAUGGCACUAAUGUUGAGUGAUAUCUUAACACACACACACACGAGGAUGGAUGUGUGAUGAAUGUCUUUGUGAAUGGAUCUUGUGUCUCCUUCACUGUAAAUAAAACUACUCUUAUUUUCCCUGAAUAUGAUGGAAGAGUAAAAGAUUGUUGUGCUUUUCUGUUGGUCUGUUACAGUUUUACAUGAGCGGUUAGUCACAGGAUUAAUGCGACUAACAGUACCACAUGAUAUUAUGAGAUAAUUAUUUGUUUUCAACAAAAUUGUUAACAAUAUUAGCUUUGGAGGUUACACUGUUGUAAUUUUGCAAAUGCAGUUAAUUUAUUACAUUUUAAAGGGUUAGUUCACCCAUAAAUACAAAUUCUGACAUCAUUAACUCCGACAUAAUCUUUUUUUUUUUGUGGAACACAAAAGGACAUAUUUUGCAGAAUGUUUAGCAGCACUGCUUUUUUUUCUCUCCAUACGAUGAAAGUGAAUGUAACAGAUAUUGUCAAGUUCUAAAAAAGCACCAUAAAGAAUCAAGAACAUCCACCAUGGCUCCUGUAUCUAUUUUGGACUUUUGCAUAUUCAAAUUUGCAAGUGUAUUUGGUUACAACACAUGCAAGAACAAUGCAAUUCUGCCUUUUAUAUUGUUAUGCAAUAUAACACCUAAUUUCAAUAUACACUGAUAAGCCACAACAUUAAAACCACCUGCCUAAUAUUGUGUAAGUCCCCCUAAUGCUGCCAAAACUGCACCAACCCGCAUCUCAGAAUAACAUUCUCAGAUGAUAUACUUCUCACCACAAUUGUACAGAGUAGUUAUCUGAGUUACUGUAGACUUUGUCAGUUUGACUUUGUUGGGGCCAGAUGGGCUGGUUUGAGUAUUUCUGGGAUUUUCACACACAACUGUCUCUAGAAUUUACUCCGAAUGGUGCCAAAAACAAAAAACAUCCAGGCACGAGGGGGACUUACACAAUAUUAGGCAGGUGGUUUUAAUGAUGUGGCUGAUCGGUGUAAAUAAUUGAGAUUUCUGGUUAAUAACAGCUUACAUUUCGGUCUGUUCCUUGCACAAGUAUAUGACUGAGAUGUGGAAUACCUCCUUGGAGUCAUAUGAACUACUUUAAAAUAGUAGUUCACCCAAAAAGGAAAAUUCUCAUAAUUUACUCAUCACCAUGCCAUCCCUGAUGUGUAUGACUUUCUCUCUUCUGCAGAACAGAAAUUAAGAUUUUUAGAAGAAUGUUUCAGUUGAAGUGAAUGGUCUUUAUAUGCAUUUUGGGCACAUCAUAAAAGUAAUCCAUACGAAUCCAGUGAUGAAAUUCAUAUCUUCAGAAGCGAUAUGAUAUGUGUGGGUGAAAAACUGUUACAUUUUUGUAUCUUUUUUUGUUUGUAAAUCUCCACCUUUGACCAGCCAGACCAGUAGGUGACAAUAUGCAGAAAGAAUGCGAAGCUUCAAAAAAACAAAAGAAGAAUCUGGAACUGAAAGUCGAGAUUUAUAGUAAAAAUGGAAAAAGACUGAUCUGUUUCUCACCCACACUUAUCAUAUUCUAAAGAUAUACAUUUAACAACUGGAGUCAUAUGGAUUCAAUUUAUGCUGCCUUGGUCAUCAUUCACUUGCAUUGUAUGGAUCUACAGAGAUAUUCUUUGAAAAAUCUUUGUUUUGUCCUUCAGAAGAAAGAAGGUGAAGGUCAUACACAUCUGGGAUGACAUGAGAGUGAGUAAAUGAUGAGAGACUUAAUAUUUUUGGGUGAACUAUCCCUUUAAGAUGCUUUCUAGGUGCUUUUUGUCAUUUUUGGAGCUUGACAACCCCAACGCCCAUCCAUUUUAAUUAAAGGUGCACUCAGUAAUUUGUCAAAGUGGCAUAUAUUGACUUACACUGACACCUAGUGGCAUGGAUGCUGUUUUUAUUUAUACACAGUAGUUUUCAGUUACAGAUGUCGUUGUAGAAUUUUACCUUUUACAGUUAGCUUUGUUUCAUUGAAUCUAUUAAUGAAAGUGUCAUAACAGGGCAGUUACUGAGAUGAAUUCCUAAAUUGCUUCACAAACAUACGCACAGUACAGUUUAUUCAUGUGCAAACAACAUUAAAAGAAAGGGCUUGCGCCCAUUUACGCGCUCCACCUAGAACUCAAGAUCCGUUGUGCAUUUGCUGCCUUUUUUGAAUCACAUAUUAAGUAAAAAUAUUAUAUUAAUCUUGUUGAUUUAGCUGAUUAAGCUCAUAUAGAGGCUAUAUUGAAGAUGCUUUUGAAAAUGUGUCAUUAAAAGCUCUUUAGUUUCCCGGGGCUCACGCUCAGGGCAAUCCUCACCAUACUCUUUCUACAAGUUCAGCUGUUCAUGCUCCAUUGUGCGUUCGCUUCAUUGCAGAUGUAAGUUAUAAGUUAUGUAAUAUAUUUAUUCUGUUGAUGGCUUGUUUAUCUCAUAUAUAUAAAGUGUAUAUAUAAGAUGCGUUUGAAAAUAGGUGAUUAUAAAGGCACUUCCACUGGUAUCGGCGCUUUCAUCUCUCAAAACGAAGCUUAAAACAAAAUUUUAUUCAAGAUUUUUCUUCUUCUAAAACAUUGUCAGUGCAUUGGUAAUAUAUUGCACUUUAGUGACAUUAACAGUUUAACAAUAUUAACAAAAUCUGACAUCUGGAAUAUGUUUUCUCCUUGACUUGUACAUGUUACAGACAAGAUCGGCCAUAUAGUCCAAUAACAGACAGAAAUUAGAUUUGUAUUUAUAUUUUGGGGGUAUUUUGUGAUAUUUACAAAAAGUUUCAUUUUUAUUUUGUAUUUGGAAUGCCCAAUUCCCAAUGCGCUGUAAGUCCGCAUAGUGACUCGCCUCAAUCCGUGUGGCGGAGGACGAAUCUCAGUUGCCUCCGCAUCUGAGACAGUCAACCCGCGCAUCUUAUCACGUGGACUUGUUGAGCGCGUUACCGUGGAGACCUAGUGCAUGUGGAGGCUUCGUGCUAUUCUCCACAGCAUCCACACACAACUCAUGUGCCCCACAGAGAGCGAGAACCACAUUAUAGCGACUAUGAGGAGGUUAACCCAACAUGACUCAACCCACCCUAGCAACCGGGCCAAUUUGGUUGCUUAGGAAGCCUGACUGGAGUCACUCAGCACGCCCUGGAUUCGAACUUGCGACUCCAGGUGUGAUAGUCAGCGUCUUUACUUGCUGAGCUACACAGGCCCCCAAUGGUGCACUUUUUUAAAUUUUAAUGCACAAUAAACGUGUCAUUUUCAGGCACUCUCUCCCCUGCCCUUCAACCACCGUAUAAAACAGUUCACCAGCAGUGAUUAGCCCUUACCCACUGCGGUGGUAAAAAAUUGCCAACAGAACAGCAACUCUUCUUAUACAAAAUGAAACAGUACUUCAGUAUGAUAAUGAGAUGUUUGCACCAGAUCGUGUUGAAACAAUCACUCUCAGGCAAUAAACUGUUGUGUUGGAUAAAAAUAUGAGAGAAAUGAUUUGUUGAAAUACUAAUU